AUGUCUGAUAACCAUAGUCAUAAAUCGCAUAAGCGGCAAAAAUCGUCGACACUGAAUAUAAACUACUAUUUCCCACCUCCGGGGCAGGAUCCAGACAUCUAUCUGCAUCUGAAUGUGCAUUCCUCACCAACACAUCCUAUAAACUUACCUACACAACAACAACAACAACAGCAUCAUGUACAGCAUCAACCCUCAUCCCCUGACCACUAUCAUCAGGAUACACAGCAACAGCAACAACAACAACAGCAUCUUCCACAACAUCAGCAUCUGCAUAGCCUUCAUAGUUCAAUUCACACGCCCAUUCAGGACCCUUACCAAGCAGUAGGUGGUGGAAGUGUUUCUCAUGCUGCGUACUCAUUUCCAGGGGGACAAGAUUCUCAUUUGACCGGAGGUUCAGGUCAAGGUUCAGGCUCCGGAACAGUGGCUGCACUGGGACCUGGUUCUGGUGGAACUGUUCCAGUUCCACCAGGAGAACCGCUGUCAGUGCAAUCGUCUCCUUCGUUCAACCAGUUCCCUCAACAAUUCGUGUAUCCAUCAGUUGAUUCACAGUACUCAAUGCAUCCUCCUCCGAUGAACGCCACUUCUGGCGGUACCCAAUCCGCCCCAACGGGCCAUUCAGAUUCGUUCCAGUCAUUCAAUUUCCCCAGGCCCUCACAGGAAUUCUUUUAUCCAACAUCGCCCGUAGCUACAAGAGUCCUGCCUGCAAAGCAAAGAAUCCAACACAGUAAGAAUAAUUUGUCUAUCUCAUCGCAUUUCAAUCUAUUUAAUUUAAAGGAAGAGUAUGACCCUAGUGUAAGACAGAUGCAACAACUGCAGCAGCAACUGCCUCAGCAUAAGGGACCGGUACCAACUACACAACUGCAAACAUCUCAGCUUUCAUCUAAUAGGCUCUUACCUUUGAGUAGUGGAUUGCCUUCUCACUCUCAAUCAUUGAGUCAUCAGACCCCUAGCCAUCUGCAUAGCGGGAGUGUGGGUACUACAGGAGAGUUGUUACCACCGGCUCCACUUUAUCCUACAAUGCCUUCGUAUACGGUUCCUCUCACAACCGAAACAAAAUCUGAUAUAAUACAUUCCUUGUUGAUUCAAUUACCUAUGAUCGAUGGACAAAACAUUAAUUCUUAUUUACUUGACGUUAUUCACAAGAUUUCCAAUCAAUUGCCUUUGGAUGAAUUUUAUAACAUCCUAUAUAACUCAGACGAAGACUCUCAUUCCGCAGAACAACAACAACAAAUACAGAAUAUGGGUAAAAUUGACAAUACCGUUUUUGACUCUCCCUCAAUAGCGGCAAAUUCAAGUGAAACGGUUUCUCUGGUACUUGGAGUCUUCAAGAACCCAAUGACGUUGACAAACUAUAUAUCAACUAUCGACACAUCUCUGAUUAAGUUAACUUCUGUUAAUUAUCACGAAUUAUUAAGAACAUUCUUGGCUAUUAAGAUACUAUCUGACAUAUUGAUUCAACUCCCUGGAACAACAGUGGAAUUAGAACACACUAUACCUAGGUUGUCUAUAUACAAGACCUACUAUAUAGUAUGUCAGAAAUUAAUUAAUAGCUAUCCGUCAUCAUCCAAUACUGUCAGUGAACAGCAAAAGAUCAUCUUGGGUCAAUCAAAGUUGGGAAAAUUAAUUAAAAUGGUGUACCCAAAUUUGAGAAUUAAAAGACUUGGAAGUAGAGGAGAGUCUAAAUAUAAUUAUUUGGGAGUCGUCUGGAACGAAAAUAUUGUUCAUCCUGAUAUCAAUGCAUUAUGUGAAAAUAAUGAGUUGAGUGACUUGAAUACAUACUUCAUGCUGAGGAAAAUGAGAUCUUCUAAACUGGGGAAAAGAAAGGCAUCAGGGCAACUACAAAAUCCCGGACCACCUGAAAUGGUCCCUGGAAUAGGAAUUGGGAUCGAUAUUGGUGAUCCAUCGAUUGAGCAACUUCAUCACUCUACUAUGGAGGGAGGUCAAAAUGCACUUGUUAGUACUGCUGGUGGAAUUGGUAGAUCCAAAUCUAAGUCAAAAAGACAGCCUCAUACUUCAACUGCAGGGGCUGGCUCGUCAUCUUCAAACAGGAAGGAUGAAAGCUAUGCAUUUGCUCCUCAGCUUUCCUUUACAAACCCUUUCUUGAAAUUUCCUACUUUUGAAGACUUUUCAUUAGCUCCAGAUUUGAAUCAGGAGAGUUGGUUUGAUAGCAUUAGCAAGGAGCAAGCGUUAUCUAUAGAUAAUUUGUUUGUUAGCAGAGAAAACAUAUCUAUUCUUGAUAUAAUUCAAGGUAUAUUUAUUGAUAACUUAAUUGAUGUUGAGGGAAAUUCUGCCAAUGAAAAUAAUGCUGAAUCGCCACUACUCAAUUCAUUUAUGGAGAAAGUUGUUCAUCCGUAUGCGGCAGCUGCUAUGACAAAUCCAGAACCCUUCAAGAAUGUUGAUUUGAGAAUUUACUUAAUAACUAUCAUUAAACUACUUCCCUAUCUACUUCUCCUUUCAAAGGAUCCAGUCAAAAGUUUUAAUAAUCACGGUAGUUUCUUGCAGACGUUAAGAUCAAAUUUAAUCCAAUUCGUAAACAACUUUUCCGACAGCAUAUUUGGAUUAGAGAGUGUGUUCCCACAUACCAAUGCUACGAUAUUUUGCAUAAUUUUGAAAAAAUUAAUUAAUGUUAAUGACUUGUUAAUUACCUUCAUUAAAUUAAUAAUGAAAGAAGAGGGAUUUACAAGUACGAGAAAUAGCAUGAAAUCUGAUAUUCAAAAUUAUUUGAUUUCUCCUUCACCCUCAUUAUCCUUCGAAAAUAAUGAAAUUAGGUUCAAUUUCAAAGAAGAUAUUGUUCAGAAUGAUUUGAUAUUCAGUUUAAUGGGUUAUAAUUAUAAUCCAACUACUAAUGUUGACGAAGGAAUUCACCAAGUAGAACAGCAGCCACACCACAUACAACUGCAUCAGCAAGAACAGCACCAACAACAGGGUAGAAUGCAAGAUCCUAGCUUUUCCGGAGGCAUGAGUCGCAGUACUAGCAUGAACAUUCCAUUUACAUCAACAAACAUGGAGAAGCCAAGCUCGGUCGUAUCUAUGAAAUUUGUUCGUGAGGAAGCGACGUUGAUCGAACAAUUCUUCAAAGUUGACCUUGUGAGGUUCUUAAGCUUUAAGUUUGAAGCUGAUGACGAAGCUGACUUGAUUGGUAAUGAUCCUAAUUGGAUAAACUUAUUGACAAGUCAGGAAUACAGUGCAUUAACCGCCCUUAUUAAAUUAAUGCACGAAAGCUUGCUAUCUACUCAUUUCAAAUCGAGGUAUCCAAUUUUAGUCUAUCAUAAUUUUAUUAGUUGCAUCUUAAAUGAUUUACUCAAGCACAUAUAUUCCAAGCAACAAAUUCAACUGCAAGUACAACUGCAGAGCAGUUUUGGGAAUUGGUGGGUAUUUAAUUCCUUUGUUGAAGAGUAUGUUGGAUUAAUGGGAGAAAUUGUUGGUUUAUUCCAGACAAUUUAA